AUGCCUGGAACUACCGGAGAAGCAAUUUCCAGGGCCAAUGAAGUUCAACGUAAACGGGUGAAGGCUGCAAUUAUUUUCCGCAAAAACUUCAGUCCCCCCGCGGAGUCAAGUGUCCUGACUUGGCAGGCGAAAGAACAACUUAUUUACCUUUCUUCUCUCAGUCCCGACGAAUGGAGCGCUGAGACAAUCAGCAAGAAUUUCCCCAUAUCAGAUUCUGGAGCUUCAAAAUUCUUCCUUAAGUCUCAGAAACAGCCCAAUCGUGUCUUCCGGUCUCUAGAAAGUGUCAUUCAUCAUGAUACUGCUUGCAUCGGUCGUUGGAUAGACAUAAUACGCGUAAUCGUUGAGCUACAACUGGAAAUGGGCUACAUUAGGCCCACUCUCUCAACAGUUUUAAACGCCCUUAGCCAUAAACUACCCCGCGAUCUGCGUUGGGUCGGCCUCCACAACGUUGUAGACCUUCUUUCGUUUGCAGACGGAAAUUACAAUCUUCCACUCCCACCAGAAACAUCUCUUGACGUAUAUCAACGCAAACUAUCGCAGCACAGUCCGGGACCCUUUCAGAAGAUAGCCGAAAACAUACAGAAGCCACUUCUACCGCACAAUAAUGUCGUCCUCAUGAGAGGACAGCAGCUCGAUGUCAUUAGAAUAAUUAUGGGUCUUUUCAGAGACCAGAAUUUUUCCCCUUUUGUCGAAAGUUUGCGUAAAGACCCCCCUCUUCUAAGCCACAACUUCUAUGCCUCCCCGGGUACUCACGAACGUGCCGCGUUUGGUACAGCAAGGAAGGAUCGUGAAGUCAGUCUGCUUCAGCUUAAAACACUGAAUAGACUGGGUCGUACGGAUUUUAUUUCAAAAUGUCUGCAUGAAGCUUCCUUCCAUCUCCUGCAGUAUGCAUGA